AUGGUCACCAGGACAAAGAAAAUCUUCGUAGGAGGGCUAUCGGCACCGACAACACUUGAAGAUGUAAAGAAUUAUUUCGAACAAUUCGGACCGAUCGAGGACGCCAUGUUAAUGUUUGAUAAACAAACCAAUAGGCACAGAGGUUUUGGUUUUGUCACGUUUCAAAGUGAAGACAUAGUAGAUAAAGUGUGCGAAAUACAUUUUCACGAAAUCAACAACAAAAUGGUGGAAUGCAAAAAAGCGCAACCCAAAGAAGUCAUGCUCCCGGCGAACCUGGCAAAGACGAGAGCCGCCGGACGCGGCGCGUACGAUUUCAUGUGGUCAUUGGGGGCGCUUCCUGACGGGUUUCCCGCAGCAUAUGCCGCCUACGCGGCAGGACGUAGCUAUUCGGGCUAUCCUAGCUUCGGGCUGCCAUACCCUGCAGGUGUAGUGGGAGUAAUACCGCCGGAAAGUCGUCUGUUGGUUGGUGCGGAGUACGUAAACGCGGGCGUGCUCGGGCAGAGCUCGUGA